GCUGACUUCCUCCGUGCAGUGAGUGCCUGAGAGCGGAUCGUGUCCAGUGCAAUGUCCUCCGCCAGGAGAGAAGAAUUCCGUUAUAUCCCAUUAUAACAGAAUUUAAUAACGCCGAUGGGAACCCGCCCGAAAUUCUUUGAGAAGCCAUGCUUUUUACACACUGCGUUCCUCAACUCCAGUCCUCAGGGCGCACCUGCCGGUCAUGAUUUGAGAAUAUCCUAUGUCCUUCUUUCUAAGGUUUUGACGAGAUUAUAUCCUACCACUGCUGAUGGUCAGACUGUAGCAUCCAAAAAUGAGACCCUACCGACAGGAACGGGAGAGAAGUCUAAAGAAAUGAUACAGCCAUCGAUACCGGAGCCAGCAGGUAUUCAAAAAUUGAACCUUUCUGACCUGAAGGUAUACACUGUAAGUCUUCCCCCAGAUGACUACAUUCCACCUCCAGCAACUGAUCUCAACUCUCCCACCACAGAAGAUUCAGAUGUGGAAGAAGAUCAACCAGUGGAAAUUCGUAAAAGACGCAGAAGGAAGAAGAAAGUAAACAUUAUCAACAAGUCCUCCCCUGACAGAGAACAAAAUGUCCAACAAGCUCCUCAUCCUCAAGUGUUAGAUGGAAAAAAGAUCAAUAAAAACAAAAAGAGGAAACUGCAACGAAAGCGACAGAAAGCAAGACUGAAGGCUGAAGGCCUGUGGACCAAACAAAGAACAUGUCAUCCUGAGGUGUCCCAGGCCAAAGACCAUACAGUCAAUCAAUCUGAUGAAAAGACAGAGGAAGACCAAAUAAAGAAAAGAGAGGACUUGCUUGAAUUCUUUCAAGAUACUCAAGAGCUCUAUUUCUCUAAUAACAAGUACAGACGUGUAGACUCUGCUCUGAUGGUGGAACAGAUCCUAGAGAUACUGGACCAGAUCAAGAGUGGUGCGGUGCCCUUCUCUGAAAUUCAGCUCUUACAUCAUGUGAAAAGCCUUCUUCUUCUACAGGAUAUUGAAAGAUUAAAAGAUUCCUUGGACAGUUUCAAAGAGCAAUCUUCCAUGACUCUUGAUCACAGAACAGCGCUUUGUUCUUUAUUUGACUACUGGAUUACGAACAUCUUGCCAAUAAAGACAAAAUCCACAGAGUAGUUACUGUUCAAAUAAUGUGUGUGCUCAUUCAUGCAAAUUUUAUACUAACUUUCCCUAAUUGGAAGAAUAUGGUUUUAAGAGACACACAAUUAGGCUACAUUCACACGUCAGUAUUUUUCUAUAAUCCGAAUUUCGGUCCGUUUUUUGCGGAUCCGUUGUUCCUGAAAAUGUUUCCGUAUG